AAGCCCAUCUUUGGUUCAUUCCCUAUUCGGGCGAGGAGAAUUCUGCGUUCGACCCUUGCGUGCGUGCGUUCAACUGCGUUUGAAUGCGUUCAACUCGGAUGCGUUUGCAAUAAUACUAUCAUGUGUAUUUACAUGGCGCACUUACCUACUUUUGAUGUAUUUCCUGGACAUGUAUUGGCAGCUUUCUAUGACUUAGAAACAGUCCAUAAAGGCGUUGAUUUUGUUGUAAUAUGUCUUAGAACAUAA